AUGCCGAUGUUGCCCAGCUCCUUCACCACCUCCUCCUCAUGGCAAUCACACCAAGAUGCCUCCUCGAUUUGCACUAACCAAGAACUGGACUACGACCAUCCUUACUACUUCGGCAUUGAGGAGGUGGCCGUGGACGCCGACGAACUGGAGCUCGGCCUCCGGGCUCACAAGGCGACCAGGGUCGACUACCUCAGCUCGCCGUACCAGGCGUCUUGGCCAUCGGCGCAGGCAGACCUCGAGUCCUCGCGCGUCAGGAAGACGAAGCAGUUCCGGGACGUUCUUGAGACGUGCAAGCAGAAGGUGGAGGCCAUGGAGGCCAUGGAACGGUCGUCAUCGCCGGUCGGCAGUGGCGGGUUCGAGGAACAAGGUGAGGCGGUGGUUGCCGUGGACGACGUCCGGGGCGGCGGUGGUGGCAGCGGAGCUGAUGGCAUGCGGCUCGUGCAGCUGCUGGUCGCCUGCGCCGAGGCGGUGGCGUGCCGCGACCGCGCGCAGGCGGCUGCGCUGCUGCGUGAGCUGCAGGUCGGCGCGCCCGUGCACGGCACGGCGUUCCAGCGCGUCGCGUCGUGCUUCGUGCAGGGCCUGGCGGACCGGCUGGCCCUGGCGCACCCGCCGGCCCUCGGACCAGCGAGCAUGGCGUUCUGCCUCCCGCGGUCGUCGUGCCUCGAUGGAGCGCGCGGCGAGGCGCUCGCCGUGGCGUACGAGCUGUGCCCGUACCUGCGCUUCGCGCACUUCGUGGCGAACACGUCCAUCCUGGAAGCCUUCGAGGGAGAGAGCAACGUCCACGUGGUGGACCUCGGCAUGACGAUGGGCCUGAACCGCGGCCACCAGUGGCGCGCCCUGCUCGACAGCCUCGCCACACGGGCCUGCGGCAAGCCGGCGCGCGUGCGCGUCACCGGUGUCGGCGCCCGCGUAGACACCAUGAGGGCCGUCGGGCGCGAGCUCGAGGCGUACGCGAAUGAGCUCGGGAUAACCCUCGAGUUCAUGGCCGUCGACCGCACCCUGGAGAGCCUCCACGUGGACGACCUCGGCGUGGAGGCCGACGAGGCCGUGGCCAUCAACAGCGUCCUGGAGCUGCACUGCGUGGUGAAGGAGAGCCGCGGAGCGCUCAACUCCGUCCUGCAGACCAUCCGCAAGCUCUCGCCGAAGGCGUUCGUGCUCGUGGAGCAGGACGCCGGCCACAACGGGCCCUUCUUCCUGGGGCGGUUCAUGGAGGCGCUCCACUACUACGCCGCGCUGUUCGACGCCCUCGACGCGGCGCUCCCGCGCUACGACGCCCGGCGCGCGCGCGUCGAGCAGUUCCACUUCGGCGCCGAGAUCCGCAACGUGGUCGGGUGCGAGGGCGCGGCGCGCGUGGAGCGGCACGAGCGCGCGGACCAGUGGCGGCGCCGCAUGAGCCGUGCGGGCUUCCAGUCCAUGCCCUUCAAGAUGGCGGCCAAGGCGCGGGAGUGGCUGGAGGAGAACGCCGGCGGCAGCGGAUACACCGUGGCCGAGGAGAAGGGAUGCCUCGUGCUUGGAUGGAAGGGAAAGCCAGUCAUCGCCGCCUCGUGCUGGAAAUGCUAGACGCCGAUCACUGCUGCUCGCCGCCCGGCCGCUUUCGGAACGCUUCACUUUUGGCAGGUGCCGCAGUGUACGUGAUGGUGGGCGCCGUGGAGGUGUUCACGUUCAUCGGGCAAAUGGAGUUCUUCUACGAGCAGGCGCGGGACGCCCUGCGGAGCGCGGAUCUCCUGCGCGGCGAUCGCGCUGUUCAAAUACGCGAGCUCGGCGCUUCUCCCUCUUGUGGUGGAUCCCGACGACAUCAACGAUGGUCACCUGGAGUCCUGGACUACUUCUUCGCCAUGUUCUGCGUCGGCAACUUCGGCGCGUACCUGCUCUUCGC